GAUGCUACAACCAAUACUACCAAGAGAGCCCAACGCAUCCUGCACGUCCAUCGCGCAGCGCGUCCUUUUUCUUGCAGCACAGCUCCUGCCAAAGAGAGCAGCUGACGGAAGAGAGAGAGAAACUUGAACAACGCGUCGACCGGUCGUCACAGACCAAAGGCGACGAGCUUGCAUGGCGUGGCGGUAGCACCGGGGCGCCGCACUCUUGCGCCCCACGACAACACCCCAAGGACACAGGGACGCAGCUCCAGGGAAGGGUCACCACGAUGGCGGAUCAAGCCGAAGGCUCAGCGCCUUCUGCGGAGCAGGCGAUCAGCAUGCUAGCCAGUUUUGACCUGCCGGAUGGGCUAUUAGAGGAUUGUGGUGAACCUCAACAAGAGCAAGAUGCUGCUGCUGCUGCUGCUGCUGCCGACAUGGAUUGCAUGGUCAUGGAUGACGACGAUAGCUGGCUGCACACUGCGAUCGAUGGUAUGAUGGAAGAUGUGACCGCAUCCAUAGCCCAAGAGGUGGAGGGUGCAGGCGCGCCGCCGGCGGGCCCAUCCGCUACUCAAGCAUUGCCAGCAUUCCCUUUCGCAGAUACACAAGACCGGUCGCCACCAGCAUACAUCCCGCCGCCCAUAUCGAUCCUUGAUGGCGAAAUUGAGGCAGAAGGGGCGCGAUCUGUGCUGCCUUCUGGCCUUGAUCAGGACAGUUCAGCGCACGCGUCGACUUCGGCCACCACACUCGAUAUCCUUGCGCAAAGAGAACAGCAACAAGACAACUAUCAAGGAGAGCAGGAAAUGGAGGCAGACUUGAAGAAACAGGAAGUUGCCUCUGAUGGAGUAGGAGCAGGAAAUAAUGAAGAUGACGACGAUCUGGAUACAUUAAUGGAUCGAUUGAACGACCAAGCUGCUGCGUUGCUCCGCGAUGCUGUCAAAGACAUUGGUAUGGAAGGGCAAGCCUCAUCAUUGGAGAAUACGGGAGAAAAUGUGCCAGAUUCAAUACCAAGAAAUGCUCAUGCGGAGUCAAUACCUGUCCCUGCAACUCUCGAAGAAGCAGAUGCGGCACAUGCGUCCGAUCCCGCAGCAGCUGCUGAAAGCAUCAGCAAUGGCGAAGAUCAUGGAGACGAGAGGGAGGACGGCGUGGAAGAGGAAGAAGAGGAGGACGUAGAUGCAGCGAUAGCGCGAUUUGCUGAGCAGGCUGCCUCUGCCGCUUUCUCGUCCAUUUCGGCAUCGACAGAGGGGGCGACAAGCGGCUCAGCAGAGUCGAUUCCCACGCCCACGGCGACAUGGGCCCCUGCUGCGCUGGUCGGGCUCAGCAAAGUACAAAAUCAGCAGCUCGAGGUACCGAUGCAGCAGGAGGAAGAGGAGGAGCAACGGCAGCAGCAGGAGCACUGCGAGGAAUUCCUAGGGGAUGACAUAGACCUAGAAGCUGACAUCGAAGCAUUGGCAGCGCAAGCUCUCGGCUUGGACGAGAAUGGCAAUCCGCUGCCGGGCACUGACCUGCAGCAGGCUAUUGCACACCAAGCCCUUGAAGAUGCCGUCAAGCGGUUCACGUCGCAGCAGCACCAACAACACGCAGCGAUGCCUCGCAGCGGUAGGUCCACCACGGGUCCUGGGUCUGGAGCGAAGCCUGGCGCCACCAAUUUGCCAUACAAGCUGCCGCCAGCGCGCGCCAAUGCGCGUUAUUCACAUCGCGCAAUGAGCCACUUGGCUUACAGGACGCAAGGGCUUCGGAUCCCUCCUAACCUCACGCUUCAUCAGUAUCAGCAGCACCUGCAACAACUUUACCAACAGCAGCAACAGCAGCACGGGGCAGCUGGUUUCAGGCAGCCAAUGUCUGCUGCGCGGCCUACGAUGCCGCCACCUGCUCGCAAGCAGCCGGCGGCGGGGACGAUGGGCAGCAACAGCAAUAACAAUCCAGGCGCGCCGAAACGCUGGAAAUGCGACAAGUGCGACCGAGCAUUCGCGCGCGCGUACAACCUGCAUACGCACAUGGCUACGCACGACCCGGAUCCGACGCGUUCCAAGCCAUUUCAAUGCCCCUUUCCGGCGUGUCAGAAGGACGGUGGCCGGGCCUUCUCUCGUAAGCAUGAUCUGCAGCGGCACGUCGCCAGCGUACACGAGCAGGACGAGGAACCUGUCGUCAUUCUCAACCCGGACGGCACAGCCGUGCCGGUCCCCAUCUCGAUGCCGACGACAACAGCGGCUCCUGUACCGCUGCGAGCGUCUCCGCAGGCGCAGGCACAAGGGCAAACGCCGCCUUUGGCCUCUUCUUCGGCCUCAACAAGGACAGUGGCUUCACCGGCAGGCCUUCAAACGCAACAGGCAGUCCAAGGUGCUUCCGCUGCUCCGCCACAAUCGCAAGUCGUAACGGAGAAUCCACUAGUCGCGCUUGGUCUCGGUGUGCCACAGAAGAAGUUCCGCUGCGAUAUGUGCGGGCGCAGCUUCGUGCGUCGCGAUGCGCUGACCAAGCACCACUGCGAUCGUGCUGGUCACGACAAGGAGAACAUGCACAAGCUCACGCCAGCUGCUGCAGCUGCCAAUACUGCGGCUUCGUGGGCCGCUGCGGCGGCAGCUCAUGCUCACGCCCAGCGUGUGGGCGAGACGGCCCCGAUCGCAGCGAGCCUGCUUGACUAUGGAGCUGGUGCUGGUAGCGCGAGCCUGCCUUUAGCAGCCCCUGUGGCCUCCAGCGGAGAUGGUGGAGAUGAAGCUGGCCCUGGCGCUGGCGCCAGAGAUGAGGAUGAUGAGUGGGAAAGAGAGGCGGAAAGAAUGGCAGAGCAGGCCGCGGCUGCUGCCUUCAGCUCGUAUGAGGCCAGUCUUGGUCUGUCUACUUCCUUUCCGGAUCUAACUGGUGACAAUGCCGACACAGCGAGGGAUCAGGGGCCGACGGAUGAGCAAGGAGAGCCUCCUCGUGCACCGGUCAAUACAGCUUCGCUGUUCACAAACACACCUGCUUCCGAUCCGACAGCGGCGACGACAUCUGCCAAGUCCUCUUCCAAGAGGUCACCGAGUUCCGAGUCUACCGCGGACCGAGCAACGCCGAGGCCGGUUUCCACGUCCACACCUGUGCCUGCAAGACGCGAGAAGAGCAGCAUGGUUGCGGCCGCUGAGAGACAGGAGCACGAGAGUCUCGCACUCGCUACGCCCCCGUGGUCGAUCGCACAGACCUGACAGAGACGGACGGAAGAAGUCACAUCAGGUCCCCCUUUUUCUUGAUUCGCGAUCAUUGUAGCAACUACGGUCCUUUUGUAUUGUACACACGCCCUUGCCUUUGUUGCCACUACUAUGCCUAUUUUCAAC